GGGGAGGCCGGGGUGUGGAAAGUGUGGCGGCCCCGCCCCGUCUCUUGGAACUGCCGGGGCCGCCACCGCUGCCGCCGCCGCAGCUGUAGGGGACCGGCGCCGGUGCGCAGGCAAAAGGAGCUCUUUCCCUGCUGAAAGUUCCCUGGGAAAAGCUAGCAUCUCCCCAGCCCACCAUGGCGGAUGAAAUUGAUUUCACUACUGGAGAUGCUGGGGCUUCCAGCACUUACCCAAUGCAGUGCUCGGCCCUGCGCAAAAACGGCUUCGUGGUUCUCAAAGGACGACCAUGCAAAAUAGUGGAGAUGUCAACUUCCAAAACUGGAAAGCACGGUCAUGCCAAGGUUCACCUUGUUGGAAUUGAUAUUUUCACGGGCAAAAAGUAUGAAGAUAUUUGUCCCUCUACUCACAACAUGGAUGUUCCAAAUAUUAAGAGAAAUGAUUAUCAACUGAUAUGUAUUCAGGAUGGUUACUUAUCCCUGCUGACAGAAACCGGUGAAGUUCGUGAGGAUCUUAAGCUGCCAGAAGGUGAACUAGGUAAAGAAAUAGAAGGAAAAUACAAUGCAGGUGAAGAUGUACAGGUGUCUGUUAUGUGUGCAAUGAGUGAAGAAUAUGCUGUAGCCAUAAAGCCCUGCAAAUAAAUGGGAACAUCAGGCAUGAGCAAAAUGUUAGGUCUGGAUCAACCACAGAUCUAAAGUUUGGGUCUAAGUUGUCACCAAAGCUAUGGCCUUCAUAAGCCACCUCAUUUUUUUAAAUUGUUUUGAAAUUGUACUCAGUUUUGUAGGCAAUUGGUAAUUUAAAAUCAUCAAGUUUGUAAUUCUUUUUUUUUUUUUUUAAUUUUGUAGGUGUCUUUCCUAUAACUUUCCUGUGGUUUUCAGUGAGUACAAGAAAUAGAUAAGAUGGCUUCAGCAGAGAUGAUUUGUCUGAGCAAAUCAUUCCUGAAUUUUAGUUGAUAGAUAAACCAGGGCUUAAAAUCAGACAAUGUAGCAUCUAGUGGUAUCAAAGUACCACAUUUAAGUUGAAUUGUUCUGCAUUAAUUUCAGACCUAAUAUAGAAUGAGUUGAUUAUGGAUUGGAAUUGUCACAGUUUCAGCCUGUGUGUGGCAAGCACAAAUCCUUAACCAAAAAUCAUGUUAUCAAAAAGUGUCAGUUUUCUUAGUAGGCAUGUGCAGCCACCUGUAUUACCUCAGUCAUACUUUCCUUUGCCAAAUUGUUGCAAGACUAAACAUAACCUUAUAUGUAGUGAUUUUGCUACCUGCUCAUAGUUGACAGACAUUGAACUAUAGGUUGACUGUUAUUAGCAAGUCAGAUUACAAAGGACGAGUCUACAGGGGACAGUGGCAAAGGGGAUUGGUUAGGUUUUUACUUGAGGCCUGUGUAACUGGCAUAAAAAUAGAAAGUUUCUUUCUAGUUAUGUUUUUGCUUUUUGUUCUCUCUCUGUAUUUAAAGGAGUGACCUGUUUUAUAGGAUGCUAUGCAGCGCUCUUUAUCAAUAUGUUGAAUAAAUUGUUGGUAUUUAUAGUAGUCCCUCCUUUCCAACCAUUUUUAAGUACACUUUUUGGCAUUAAAAUAUUUAGUUGUCCAGCAAAACUGGAUAUUCUUUAAAUUGAUUUGGAAUAUUUGUUAAAUUUAUGUACACUUUUUCUAAAGUGAAUUGAAAGUGCAUCAUGGAGCAAGAGUUACUUUCUGUGAUGAUUAUUUUUCUUACUUUGAGAAGUACAUAUAUUUUUUUCUGAUUGUUAUGUACUUAAUUCGGUUACCAGUGUGAAACAUAACUAGGAAAGAAUUCUAAAAACUGAAUAAUUUUAAAAAGUGUUUUAGGUGACUCAGCUACAUUUCUCUUCGUAUAUCUUAUUUCCAGGAUUCUAGACACUGUCACAGGGUUUGCAAGGACCUUUGACUUAAAAACAAUCAUUAUAUUGAAAUUAAACUUAGAACAAAAUCACUACUUCAGUAAUCAUUCUCUAAGACUGAUUAUGAGACCUUUCUCAUCAUGCCUUGACCUCUGAAAGACCUUUGUUCCUAUCAUCUGGAGGAAAACAUAUAUGAUGCUGUAACCGAUCUAAUCAGUAACUAAAAAUAGCAUUAGGCACUUGAUCUUAGCCAAAAGGCCGAGAAGCAAUACUGAAAAUAGUAUUAGGAACAGAAGAUCCCAAAGGUUUAGUUACUUAAUUUGUGCACAUUUUUAAACCUUGUAUAGGCCUCAGCAAACCCAUUUGGAGAAGAAAACAGGAUACUUAAGAGAAAUGCAAGGAGAAUUCUAAAGCACAAGAAAUACAGAGGUUAUAGUUAACCAUUUUAGCAUAACAUCUUAGCUUUUGCCCAUCUGAAGCACAAUUAGGAAUUAGGCUAAAUUCUUUCCAGUAUUCCAUCUAAGUAUCUACUUCAUACUGCUCUAGUGUUUUAGUUGUCUGUUCUGUGCGUUUUACUUGUUACUGGUUGGCAUUGUUAUCCACAGGAAUUCCAGGAAGUUCUCAAUCUGUGCUGCUUGCUGGUCACUCACAUGACCCCAGUUAACCAUACUAGUGUUCUGGUUUACUGUUAAUUCUGGAUUAGCAUGCCCUUGUUGUUCCUAACUUGUCAAACUUCACAUAAAUACAUUUCAAUUGUGAGGUAAGCAUAUGUGAAUUAUAAUGCAUCUCUAUCUUCAUACCUUGAAUGGCAAAAGCUAUUUAUGCAUAAAUAUUUUAAGUACCAUAAUGAAAUGUAAAUACUCUUCUGAUAUAUAAGUAUAAGUAUAGAUUUUAAAGAUAUGGGACUGUUUAUUUUCACAUAAGUCAGUACAUGUUUCUCUAGAACAAAAUAUUUCAUUUAGUAAAGCUUUAUAAAUUGUAUUAAAAGGAAGCAGGUAAACGUAUUUUUUAACAUAGAACAGCAGUAACUUCAUUCUUUUUGACAUCAGAAAUAUUAAAAGUUGAUUCCUAGUAUUUGUUGUACUUUUUUGUAGCAAAUGUUAAAUAUCACAGGUUACCAUGUAUAGAGUGUAGACUGUCAUGUUGAUAGAUUAUACGAUGAUACACCAUUUUUGUCGGCAGGCAUUUCACCAAUUUGUAUACAAUAUUAACAAGUGGAAUAUUUGUUUCUUUCUAGAGCAACAUAUUUUAUUUCUACUGUGAAGACUUUGUUAUACCUUAUUUGCUACUACAAAGUUGAAUACCCUCUGAAAUAGAUCAAAUCAUUGCUACUUUGACUUAGCAUUUGCGUCAUAAACAUAAUUAUGAUGUUUCAUUCUCCCCUCCAAGGGCUGUCUGUCACUUGAAAUUGUUGCUAACCAAGCUCUUGAAUCCGUUACCAUUUAUGGUACAAAAUUCUGUACCAAUGCUUUAUAACAAUUACCAAAACUCUCCUGCAGCCAGAGCAUGAUAUCUUUAAUAGGAGAUGCUAUAAUAAAAUGUUUAGGCUAUAAAAUUUGGGGACACAAUUUUUCAUUAUAGCACAAUGUGGAGUGUGUGCAUAUGCACACCCAGCUUUGUAUGUUUGUUCUUUUUACAAAGUCCUUUCAACUCUUAAAAGUACUGUAGUCUGGUAGUGCCUCAAAUGUUGUGACUUUUUUUUUUUAAUUUACAACUUUUCCAGAAUUUGUUUUUGUAACUUUAAAGUUUCUCAAUUAGAUUAUUUCUAGUUGAGCUGUAAUUUGAAUGCAUUGUUCUCAGGGCUGUUUGUGCUAAGAGCUGAAGUUGCAUUAUUUUAAAGCUGCCUGAAAGUAUAUUGCCAAAUUUUCCCAAAUUGUCAUACAAUGAUAACAUGCAAAUAAAAAUCCUUAACAUCAAAAUACUUAACCUAAGUAUUAAAACAAAAUGGGAACAUUGAUAACAUCUAUACUGAAAUCUUGCCAUAUAGUUUUCAUUGUAGAAUAGACUUUGGUAGUCUUAUCUUAGAACCCAAACCUUAAUGAUCUAUCUGAAAGCAUUUCUUUGGCAUGGACCCCAAAGAUAGUUUUUAGAGCCAGACAAAUAGGUAGUGGUUCUCAAACAUAUCUAGGGACAACAGAUCAAAAAUUCAUAAUGCUCUUUGGGUACAUGAAAAUGUUUACAUACUGAAUUCUAUAAUAUGAACCACAAACAAAUUUACUAUGAGAAAAUAUGGCUCUUAAGCAGUAUAAGAGCAAACUCUGAGCAUAUUUCCAUAAACCGUAUGUUAUAUUGAACUGAUCAACAGUUGAAAAUUUUCUAACUUUACUUAGGCAUAAUAUUUUAUAGUUUUUAAGCCUUUUUUUCUCCUAGCAUUCAGACAAGUAAUAGACAACAAAGGCUUAUGAAAAAUUUAUUGUGGAAAAUCUUAAAAUUGAGAAAAUUCAAUCUAUUAACUUUAAUCUAUUAAAUUUGUUUUCUCUGAACUGGAUAUAUGGCAUCAUUAUUUGAUUUUAGCGGGAACAUUUGGAUUUAGCUUAUGGAACACAGAUGUUCUGUGAGAACAUGACUUGAAGUCACUAUAUAAUUUAAUGUUUCUCCAUUAAGUAUACAUCUGAACAUCAACUUAACUACCAAGUGAGGUCAAGUGCCUGAAAAGUGCUAUCUACAUCUAAUUAGCAUGUUUUCCUUGUGUGAAAGAGGCAUCUUAUAGCAAUGCAUAUCGAGCUUUCUUUCACCUGCUAGAAACAUACUUGUUGCCAAACUUUACCAACCACUACUAUUCCUCUCGCCUUAGAAUUGGAUGAAACCUAUUUUACAAUUGAGAGAGAGGUUAUUUUAUUUAUAUGAAGUCCCUAAAACUAUUUCUUGGUAUUGGUAGACUUAGGUUCAUCUUAGUUCAUGAUUGUAUUUUUUAAAAACUCUGGACACCAAACUAUAUUCAGUGAUGACUGUACAGCUUGUCAUAAGUCAUAAUUGUGAUCUUUCUUGAAAGGAAUUCUUUAUUAUGGUUAAUACCUACUAUAAAUGAGCACUCUUGUGCUUGUUACAAAAUACAAUGCCCAUUACUAGUUCUAUGCUAGUAUAAUGAAAAUGGCUAGUUCCAUAUUAUCAUGUACUUGUGUUCUCCUCUCCAAAAAGGAAAUAGUUGAAAUGGCAUUGUCUAAUCCAGUGGCACUUUAUUAGUAAUACAUUUUUAUUUGUCUUAGGUACAGGAGAAUUCUUGCUUUUAUCUACAGAGACUCAUGUUUUCGCUAAAACUUUAAAAUUAUAAGAUAUGUAGUAUGAGUAUUAUAAUUGUGUAUUUUACAUCUCAAAAAUGGGUAAAAUUCAAAUGUCUUUGGGUAUACUAAAUUAUUAAAAUCCUUUACAUUGUAGAUGAUAUACAUCAAUUAUAACUUUUUGUUACAUUAAAAUAUAUUUGUCUGGUAACUUCAUCAGCUAUAUUAAAUAAACAUAAAGUUAACUUAACAGCCUGCCCUAUUCUUGUACAUAUACAUUCCUAAAACCAUUUUUAUGCUAGAAAAUAGUAUGGGGACGCCUGGGUUGCUCAGUCGGUUAAGCUUCUGACUUCGGCUCAGGUCAUGAUCUUAUGAUUCGUGGGUUCAAGCCCCGCGUCAGGCUCUGUGCCCAGAGCUCGGAGCCUGGAGCCUGCUCCGGAUUCUGUGUCUCCCUCUCUCUGCCCCUCCCCUGCUUGUGCUCUGUCUCUUUC